AGACGGACUCGGUCGUCGCGCACUUCGUGACGUGUCAUGGCAGCGCUCGAGAUGUGAUACGGCGUUUGACUCGCGACGACGUUUCGCGCAAUCCCACGCAGCGAGAGCGAGAGAGAGACCCCCGGGUGGUGGACGUGCGGCGGCGUACGAUGCGAUCGAGCGCUUUCAUGUAGGAGAGUACGUAUCACGGUGGAGACGCGCGAGCGGUGCGACAGACGUUUCUAGGGAGACACGGUGACUCCGACGGCGACGGCGAUGAGGACGACGGCGGCGGCGGCGGCGUUCCUCUGCACGCUGUGCGCCUUCCACGGCGUCGCGGCCUUCUACCUGCCCGGCCUGGCGCCCGUGAAUUACUGCAAGCAGGGCGAGACCACGCAGACCUGCAAGUCUGAUAUCAAGCUGUACGUGAACCGUUUAAACACGGAGAAAUAUGUUAUACCUUACGAAUAUAGUCAUUUCGACUUCUGCACGUCCGAUGAUGGGCAGUCUCCAGUUGAGAAUUUGGGACAGGUUGUGUUCGGGGAACGCAUACGUCCAUCUCCGUACAAGUUGGAGUUCUUGAAACCUGUCAAGUGUGCCACCGUUUGCAGAAAAGUGUAUAUAGGAGGCGACGAAAAUUCGGAGAAGUUGCAGUUGUUGAGAAAAGGAAUAGCAGUCAAUUAUCAACAUCAUUGGAUAGUUGAUAAUAUGCCGGUAACGUGGUGUUAUCAGCUAGAGGACGAGCGACAGUAUUGUAGCACUGGCUUCCCCAUGGGUUGUUACUCAAAAGAAUCCAGAUCCCAGCUAAAUACUUGUACAAUACAUGGUCCAUACAACAAACCGAAAACUUACUAUCUGUUCAAUCAUGUGAAUCUUACUAUAACUUAUCACAGCGGUGGUUCGGAGGAAUGGGGAUCUUCCUUUAAGGACAACGGUGGUCGUAUCAUAUCUGUAAAAGUAGUGCCUCACAGUAUUAAGCAUGUUGGUACAGUUGAUUGUGAAGGUCAAAUACCAUUAGAGAUACCAUCCGGUGAGAUCCCAGCUGAUCAGCCUUUCCAAGUGACGUAUACGUAUUCUGUAAAGUUUGUGAAAAACAACACGAUCAAAUGGUCGUCCAGAUGGGAUUACAUUUUGGAAUCGAUGCCGCAUUCGAAUAUUCAGUGGUUCAGUAUUCUUAAUUCGCUGAUAAUCGUCUUGUUCCUCUCUGGCAUGGUAGCUAUGAUAAUGCUUCGCACUCUGCACAAAGACAUCGCGCGAUAUAACCAGGCCUACUUCCAGAUAGAAUCAGGAGAAGACGCACAAGAGGAGUUUGGGUGGAAAUUGGUACAUGGCGACGUGUUCCGCCCUCCGCGUAAAGGGAUGUUGCUUUCGGUUCUGCUAGGAUCCGGUGUUCAAGUAUUCUUUAUGACGUUAGUUACACUAGCGUUCGCUUGUCUGGGUUUCCUUUCGCCUGCUAAUAGAGGCGCGCUAAUGACUUGUGCGAUGGUGUUGUACGUUUGUCUCGGAACCACUGCGGGAUACGUGGCCGCUCGCAUAUACAAGAGUUUCGGCGGAGAAAAAUGGAAAUCCAACGUGUUACUCACAUCUAUGCUCAGCCCCGGAAUCGUAUUCAGUUUAUUCUUCAUAAUGAAUCUGAUAUUUUGGGUGAACGGGAGCUCGGCCGCAGUACCUUUCAGCACUCUAAUCGCGCUCCUGGCACUGUGGUUCGGAGUGUCCGUACCAUUAACGUUUAUCGGCGCUUACUUCGGCUUCAAGAAAAGGGCUUUGGAGCAUCCUGUACGGACGAAUCAGAUUCCUCGGCAAAUUCCAGAGCAGAAUUUCUACACGCAACCAAUACCCGGAGUCAUCAUGGGUGGUGUUCUGCCAUUCGGCUGCAUAUUUAUACAGUUGUUCUUCAUACUUAAUUCCCUUUGGUCAAGCCAAGUGUACUAUAUGUUCGGAUUUCUCUUCCUGGUUUUCCUUAUACUCGUCAUCACGUGCUCCGAGACGACAAUUCUGCUCUGCUAUUUCCAUCUUUGCGCCGAGGAUUAUCACUGGUGGUGGCGCAGCUUUCUUACGUCCGGUUUUACCGCUGUCUACUUGUUAAUUUAUUGUAUACAUUUCUUCGUCACGAAAUUAGACAUUGAAGGUGCCACCUCGACGUUCCUGUACUUCGGAUAUACGUUCAUUAUGGUUUACUUAUUCUUCCUUUUGACAGGUUCCAUUGGCUUCUUUGCCUGUUUUUGGUUUGUGCGCAAAAUUUAUAGUGUUGUGAAGGUUGAUUAAAUAAAACUGAUAAUAAGAACAGUGCUUGUAUGAUAUAUGAAUGUGGUAUGAUGAGUGAAUUGAUCGCAAUGAGAAUGAGCGAUAGUCGAUAUUAUGUAAACCCGCGUUAAAGAAAAAGGGGGAAAAAAUCUGUAACGAUAAUAAUAAGGAAAUAAUAGCGCACUUCUUCGCGUCGUUAUUGUUGAAAUACAUCGUUGCAAAUAUCGUCAUAAUAAAUAGUUUAUUUUAUUAACGCGAAAGGUUUACAGUUUUCGGAAAGUGGACGUCGAUAUCGUUAUCGACAAUCUGACAUUCUUUGAGAAAUAUUUUUUCUAACGAACGUCUAACAGCGUGCAUGUUAAUGACGUAUAUUUUAGAUUUCUGCGAAAAUCUGUAUAAGCAUCUUGUUUUAUCUUUGUCUUUGCUUUCAAAAUUCUAGAUUUGUGCAGCAAGAAUGUUUUACGGUGUGCAGCCACGUCACGUCUCAGUUUCAUCGUUUAAGAUUAAAUCCUCAAUGUAUCGCACAUGAAAUCGAUUCUGGUCUGAUUACCCGUAGUUUAUUCGUUCGUUCAUUAUUGCGAGAAAUUUGUAAUAAAAAGUAACGUGCGCGCGCGUGCAUAACGAUGUAAAGGUGCAUUCGAUUUUGAAAACGCACGUGUCAUCGUGUUUUUCAAAUUAUAAAUUAAAUAUAUAAAUAAUAAAAAUGUACAAA